CGGAGGGAAGAAGCCGGGGGAGUUUGGGCUCGCCUGCUGGGAGAAGGCGAGUUGCGAGGCUGCCAACUGCCUCAGAAGUUUGCUGCCAGGAACGGUUCCCUCUAUCGGCAAAAGUGCCUGGCUCUUCUCAGAGGAAUAUCUUGUUGCUUAAGAUGAGUGGCUGUAGGAAGCGGUGUAAGCGAGAAAUCAUGAAAUUUGCCCAGUACCUUCUCAGGCUAAUCACAGGUUCUCUUCACACAGACACUGUAGAAGAUGAAAUGGAAAUGGCCACAGUACGACAUAGACCUGAAGCUCUUGAGCUGCUGGAAGCACAGAGUAAAUUCACAAAGAAGGAACUUCAGAUCUUAUAUAGAGGUUUCAAGAAUGAAUGUCCCAGUGGUGUUGUCAAUGAAGAAACAUUCAAAGAGAUUUACUCUCAGUUCUUUCCACAGGGAGAUUCCACAACUUAUGCACAUUUUCUGUUUAACGCAUUUGACACUGAUCACAAUGGAUCUGUAAGUUUUGAGGAUUUUGUUAUGGGUCUCUCAAUUUUACUCCGAGGGACAGUACAGGAGAAACUCAACUGGGCUUUCAAUUUGUAUGAUAUAAAUAAGGAUGGAUAUAUAACUAAAGAGGAAAUGCUUGAUAUCAUGAAAGCAAUAUAUGAUAUGAUGGGGAAAUGCACUUAUCCUGUUCUCAAGGAGGACGCGCCUAGACAACACGUGGAAACAUUUUUCCAGAAAAUGGACAAAAACAAAGAUGGAGUAGUGACCAUAGAUGAAUUCAUUGAGAGCUGCCAGAAGGAUGAGAAUAUAAUGCGAUCCAUGCAGCUCUUUGAAAAUGUGAUAUAAAGAAGGCAUUAGGUCAACAUCUAAUGGACAAACAUGAGCUAUUCUGCAAUACUAUCCAAAAGAUGGAUUUCCCACUUUACCGUAAAUAAAAUUACUCAGCUUCAUACUGAGACAUGUAUUAUGCAAAUAAGUCUUUUUUUAUUAGGAAGUUUCCUCCCCACAUCUUUUCAAAUUAUACUAUUUAGCAUCUCAACAGUGCGUACGUAACAAGAUUGUUCUGAAAAGUCAGGUUUUUAUUUCAAAACCCCCAAAAUAGGACCUGACUUUAUGCAGCUUUAUUAUCAUUCCAACCCCUAGAUAAAAUAGAUUUAAUCUCACAAGGAGAUUAAAUAAAUACUCUUAGUUUUGCUACUCAUUUGUACUGGAUUCAGCUCCAGGUGUUUGAGUGUAUUUAUUAAAUCUCAGUUUCUAAUUUAUACAGAGGCAUUACCAUGUAUUUCCUUUCCACAUUUGUAUAGUGUAGUCCUCAGUUUUUUAAUAAUAAUUUAACUUAAUGUGCUAUGUGCAAUGCACAGCUUGCUGCAAUUGCCUUCCACCUUUAACUUGCUUCUCUCCUCUUCGAAAAAGAAGACCAAAACCCCAAACCUAACAAAAUAAAUAACUUGAGAGGAAGAGAUGUUAUGUAACACAAAUUUAAAAAUAAUUGCUUAGGUAGAUUUAUGCCCUAACAAAUACUAGUAAGCUUCUAUUAAUCAUACUUAUCUAUUAAAUCUGCAUUUAUUUUUUCAUGACAUGAAUAUCAGGAGUCCUUACAUACUAUAUUACUAAUUAUUCUUGGGCAUAUACACAAAGAUCUUUGCUUAAAAUUAAGAAUCUUCUGGCCUUGAAUUUUUCAUGAAGAAAACUUAACUGGAUCCUAACACUGUGUUCAUGGGUAUGUGUCUUGUUGCCUUUAAUGAAGAAAAAAACCAUGAAGUUCCUUUGAAACUUCCGUUCCUCUUCCGUGCGCAGACUGAAUAUCACUAUGUAGUAACAUCUUCUAAUAAUGAAUU